CAACCCUGCAAACUCUUUCUCCAACCCUUUUGGGAAGGAAAAAACUGUUGUAGCUGUUCUAGAUCCUUCCAGGCUCGGAACCCUCCAGACAAGUUCCAACGCCUUCUUUUUCUCUCCCACUGUCCCUCACUUUCGCGGAGCGUACACACACGCAGAAUUGAAAGAAGUUAGCGCUUGAUUAUCUUUUUGUUUCUUUCUUUUUCUGCGGUUCUUUAACGUUGAGCAAUGGCCAAGUACGGCGAGGGCGACAAGCGAUGGAUCGUGGAGGACAGGCCUGACGGCGCCAACGUCCACAACUGGCACUGGUCCGAGACAGACUGCAUCGAGUGGUCCAGAAACCUUCUGUCCAAGCUCCUCUCGGAUCUCACCGUCCUCGACGGCGAGGGGAACCUCUACAUCAAGACCAAGAAGGUAGACAAGGUUGAGGGCGAGGCCUACGUCAACGUGCGCAAGGGGAAGAUCAUCCCCGGCUACGAGAUCAGCGUCACGCUCGCCUGGGAAGGCGAGGCCAAGGACGCCGACGGCAAGUCCUUGCUCAAGGCCGAUGGGUUCGUCGAGAUCCCCUACAUCGCCGACGAGAACGCCGACGAGGACCCGGACCUGAGGGUCUCGGUCAAGGACGAGGGACCCAUUGGGAAGACGCUCAAGGAAGCCAUGCUGGCCAAAGGGAAGCCUUUGAUUUUGGAGAAGGUCAGGGUCUACGUGGAUAGCAUGGCUAAAGGUGGGCCUGCCAAGGACGAUUUGGAGCUCAAGAAGGUCGCGCCCAAGGCUCAGCCCGCGAAUUCUUCGGCGGCGGCGUCGACCACGGCGAAGCCAAAGGAGCCUCUGGUGGAGAAGAAGGAGGCGAAGAAGAAGGGGUUCAAGACGAUAACUUUGACGGAGAAGUUUAGCUGUAGAGCGGGGGUUAUGUAUGAGAUUCUGAUGGAUGAGAAUCGGUGGAAGGGUUUUACGCAGAGUAAUGCGAGGAUUAGCAAAGAGGUGGGUGGGGAGUUCAGUAUCUUUGAUGGGUCGGUGACUGGGACCAAUGUGGAGUUGCAGGAUGGGAAAUUGAUUGUGCAGAAGUGGAGGUUCGGGAAUUGGGUCGAUGGCAUUCAUUCCACUGUGAGACUCGCUUUGGAUGAACCGGAACCUGGGCUUACUGUUGUCAAGCUGACGCAUACUGAUAUUCCUGAGGAAGACAGAUAUGGGAAUUCGACUGUGGUGGAGAACACCGAGAGGGGAUGGCGGGAUCUUAUUUUCAACAAGAUACGGGCAGUUUUUGGUUUUGGAAUAUGAGAUUUUGAGACAGAAUGUGGGUCGACUGUAUAAUUUUAGUUGAUCUCGCUCUUUUUCCAGCAAUGAAAUAUGACUGAAAGUAUUUGGAUUAA